AUGUCAGUAUCCAUAACAAACCCAUUGCUAUCUACUGGUUGGUCAGAAUGGCUCGCAUCCACAAUACCUACCAAAACUACAUUACUGACAAUUACUGGAGACCCUUCUAGCUUAAGAUCAGUAAUUUCUUCAGCUGCUGCUCAAAUUGCAGUCGAAACUAAUUGGCAACCUUUAAUGGAUCUUUCACAAUCCAUUAGAGGUGCUCAAGCAUCCUUAACCAUCAUGAGUGCUGAACUGGUAUUGGCUACAGCAACAGAUCAAAUCGUUCUACUGCAAGCUACCAAAGCUAUCUUCAAUGCGACACUCAACUUAAAAGCCUUAGAAUUCGACAACAACCCAUAUCACUACAAUUUGAAUAAGCCAGCUAAUUUUAUUUUUGCUGGUGUUUUUGGCUUGAUAUUUGCUUUCAACACUUUAAUGGUCUUCAAAUCAAGAUAUUGGUGGUACAAUAUAACCUUCUUUAUUGGUUUUGGACUUGAAAUUAUUGGGUUUAUUGGUAGAAUCAUGUCAAUAAAUGAUAUUACAACUAAAAAUGCAUAUUUAGUUCAAUAUACCGGGUUAACUAUUGCACCUGCUUUCAUUAUGGCUGGGUUCUAUUUCCUAUGUGCACAAGCGGUGGUUAUUCAUGGUAGAAGUUACUCAAUAUUGAAACCCUUAUGGUAUUCUUAUUUGUUUAUUACCACAGACAUUUUAUCUAUCUUCAUUCAGGCAGGUGGAGGUGCAGCUACUUCAAUUGCUUAUAACAACCAUAAAUCUACCAAAACGGGUACGAAUAUGAUUUUAGGAGGUAUAAUCUUUCAAUUAAUUGCAAUGACAAUUUUCGUAGGAUUAUGGAUUGAUUUCUUGUUGCGGAUCUUCUUCAAAGAUAGUGCCAAGCUUGACAAUUCAAACCCUUAUAAAAAACGGUCCAUUAAGAAUUUUUUCAAAUUAUUAUUGGGUACCCCAUCAGCAAGGAGACAUGCAAGAAUUUCCUUGGACGGGUUCUAUAAUUCAAAAUUCCAACACAUUCGCUCAAGGCCCUUGUUCUAUUGGUUCCCUUUGGCAAUUACCGUCAGUGUCUUGGCCGUUUACAUUCGGUGCAUUUAUAGAGUACUUGAAUUGUCUCAAGGGUGGAGAGGUUAUUUGAUUACCCAUGAAAUUUAUUUGUUGAUUUUAGAGGCUUUAAUGAUGUCGAUUGCCGGGUUGAUCUUUAUACCUUUCCAUCCCUAUUUUGUCUUUGGAAAAGUUAAUGUUGUUAAAUUGGCUGCCAUUAAGAAGAAACUUGAUGUUGAUGAAAAGUCGGAUCCACUCUUAGAAGAAUCUAACCAUCGUUUAAGGAGUUCCUUGUGA